AUGAUGAGCGCGGCCUCAUUCGCGAGCCCCAUCGGUGGUCGUCCGCCGCAGUACCGCACUCCGUCCCCUCCAUUACGUGCAGUCGAACCUAUCACUCCAUCCACAACCACCGAAAUCCAUUCCGCCUUGACCGGCCGCAGUGGCCCUCGAGCUGCAAGCCUUGAUUUCGACCAACGUACCUCAAUUUCGAACCGAAACGCCACUGAAAACAAUCCACAACCUCGGACAGGCCACGGUCGAUCAAACUCGACCAUCGACACGCUUGCGACGAUCGCUCUCGCAACGAGUCCCACCUUCGCACCCCUCCCCCCGAAUCCGCCCUCUCCCAGCUUCCGAUCAGCCGUACCAUUAUUUCCUCAUGAAUCUAUUGACUCCGACAGGCCGGCUAAGCGUGCACGGUCGGCAAGAAAUCCUCCGGGAAACCCACAUCCUAUAUUUGACAGUAUGACAACGGAUGCGGAGCUUCUUCUCAACCUCGCGCGGCCCACAAACUUUCACCCAAGUGAUUCGACGAAGCGAGUCAGCAUUGAUGAGUCUUGCCAUACCGCCGGCGACGCGAUUCGUCAAGCUCGAGUGGGGUUUGCUACCAAUGGAUAUCAGGGACAUGGUGACCGGAAAGGCGAUGAUGCUGAAGAUCACGUUCCCACAUCCCGGAUGCGCUCACGUUCAGACGGAUCAGCCUUCAUCUCCCGUCCUGUGAUCCGUGGUAUUCGACCAACUACCAGUGCAGGCACCCUCCCGCCUAUUGUCUGGGAAGAUGAAAACGAAGGCAAUACCUGGCAUGCGCCGUCUGAUACAACCCACACAGGCCAUUUGGAGCUCAAGUUGACCGGUGCAAAUGAAUCUCGGGUUCCAAAGUCAUUACCUGUGCCGUUGAAAAUGGAAGAGGAGGAAAGUGAAACCACACAAGCAAGCUGUGCUGCAUGCCAUAUGGUUCGCAUUCCAGUCGAAACCGAAGAACAAGAGGAAGACACAUGGAUCGGCUGUGAUGGAUGCAAACGAUGGUUCCAUAUCGUUUGCGCCGGCUUUAAGAGCGACCGGGAAGUUCGUACCGUUGAUAAAUUUAUUUGUCAACCGUGCCGAUCAACCCAUGGCCAAACAACAUUUGUGCGCAAAUCCUCGCGGGCUCGCACAGCUAUUGACUACGCAGGUCUCAAUCAGGGCCUUGUCAAGGCGGCCAGCGACUCUCUGGAGCAUCACUACCUCGAGCCCAUUCGACAAGGCAAGAUUCGCUUUCAGCCAGAGAGUUUUCCUCGCAUGAAGCCCGAGUUGGUUACUGCAGAAUAUUUCGAAAGAGGAAAUGGAUGGACGGAACCAAUUGUAAUCCCCGCUUGCUGGAACACCACUGAGUCCGUUUCCCAGGGGAUACCGGAUUUCGAAUCUCUGGUCGAGGAAGCUGUGUCCCAAGAGAUGUUUGAUGAGCUACUCGACAAUCACCCAAGACAGGAUACCCACAUUGAAGAAAUAGGAGAUUGUGGCCAAGAUCUCUUGGACAUGGUCAUUCCUAAAGGUCUCACUGUUCGUGCCGUCGCCGAGCUUUACGGUCCUGAAGAAAGAGUUGAGGUCAUCGAUGUCAAGUCUCAACAAGGAGAAGACAAGAGGUGGAACAUGCAACAAUGGGCCGACUACUACGAGAGCACAGAGCUCGACAAACCGGUCAGAAAUGUCAUCAGUCUCGAGGUAUCCCAAAGCAGACUGGGAAGACUCAUCAAGCGUCCCAAGGUUGUUCGUGACUUGGAUCUGCAGGAUUCUGUAUGGCCAGAAGAACUACAAGCCGUCGGCGACUAUCCCAAGGUUCAGUUCUACUGCCUAAUGUCUGUCGCUGACUGCUAUACUGACUUCCACAUCGACUUCGGCGGAUCUUCAGUCUACUAUCAUAUUUUAAAGGGCAAGAAGACUUUCUUCUUCAUUCCUCCCAAGGACAAACACCUCAAGAAAUAUGAAGAGUGGUGUAACUCUCCUGCCCAGGAUUCAAUCUUCCUUGGCAAUCAAACCAAGGAAUGCUACCGCGUGGAUCUAUCGGAAGGAGACACUAUGCUGAUUCCGUCCGGCUGGAUUCAUGCAGUCUGGACUCCGGAAAAUAGCUUGGUCAUUGGGGGAAAUUUCUUGACCAGACUAAACUACGGGAUGCAAAUCAAGAUUCUUGGCAUUGAAAAGGACACGAAAGUGCCCAGGAAAUUCCGAUACCCCUUUUUCCAAAGGAUCCAAUGGUAUACAGCUUUGAAAUAUUUGGAAGAUGACCCUAUUCCGCCGCAUGUGGUGAAUUCUUUUAUCCAUGAUGAGCACUAUCGAUUCCACCGUCAGCAUCCAAUUUACUAUGAAUUCGGAGAGCGUGCCAACCAGGAGCCACCUGGCUCUUCCCAUCAUAAUGCCCGAUUCUAUUCACAAGCGGAGUUGGAAGGUCUGCCUGAGCUGACUCGGUAUCUGCUGCGGACUGCGCUUAUUGCAGGCGGCUAUACUGUCGACGGGGGAGUCACCAUAGAUGCUCGCAACGCGGUCAGACGUUCUAUUCCCAGGGUUAUUGGAGAUCCCGUGGAUGUUAUCAGACAAUUCGGAAUGUGGGUUGCAUGGAAACGUGGUAACGAGAAAGCACCACUCUGGACUAGGCCUGGUGUUAUUGAAAGCAACCCCAAGGUUUCACUCGCGGAGAAGAAGCCGGCAGGUCGACCCAGCCGCCGAUCGGACCGCAAUGUCGAUAACCAGCGUACCUAUGCCGAAAGACAAGCGGUUCAAUGGCCCUCGGAUGAAGUCUCUGUGACUCCAAAUCCCGCGCUCGGCAGCGGUCUUUAUGUGCCAUCAGAUGGACCAUCAGACGAAAGCUCAACACCCCUGCCGUUCAGUCAUGCUCCAGACACCGCCAUGAAAGAGCUUGCUGCCUCCAAACCCCGGGUGGUGCAACGAGGUUCUGGUCUUGGUCCAAAGCGCGUCGCCUGUGAUGCAUGUCGCAAGCGACGGAUUCGAUGCCGUCACAAGGAUGAGCCUGGUGACAUGAUGCUCAAUGGACAGGUCACAGCCACUACAUUCACGCCUGGCUCUGGGGUGAGCACACCAUCUUCCCUUGCCCAGGAUGCAGUCUCUGCGCUGAACUCUUUGGCGGCGAUUGCAUCUCAGACCGGAUUUCAGAGUAACAAUCCUCUUGUCGACAUGGAUCGAUUUGAGAACUCUGCCAGAUUCCAAUCUGCGGCGAUGGGUAACUCCACGAUGGCUGCUAACCGACUCAUGGAUUUGAGCCCUGAUGGAACUGGUGGAAAGAAGGGUCGCAGCAAGGCGUGCGAUGAUUGUCGGAAAAGCAAGCGUCGUUGCAUUCACGAUGAAUAUGGCCGUAUAGAUCCCGUCAAGGCCCAAGAACGUUCUAAACCUCGUGCGAAUGCUUCCGCCAAGCGAGCGCGUCCUGCUGAAGAUGAUGGAGUACCUGCAUCGGCCAAGAAAACAAAGCAAGAGAGCACAUCACCUACCACACGACCGGCUGUCUUCUAUAGUCAUGAUGUCGAGGGACCAAUUAGGCAACCAAACUUCACAGAUGCUUAUGAUCAGGAACCAAGCAACCCUGCCGACCAAAGCAAUCCACAACUCAAAUCAGACGAGGGGCCUCGCGGUGAGGCUUUGUAUGCGUCACCGCCUACUUUCCAACCCGACUCUGGGGAUGCAAAGGAUCUGAACUCCAUCUCGGUGUCGUCGUCUAAGCCAACCACGUCAUUGGUCUCGCCGCCCACUUCGCUGGCCGACGAAAUCGAUGGGAUGCAAGAGGGAGAUGCUGUUCAAUCCGUGGAAGGUGAAACAUCUACUGCAAUUCACACACCGAAUUCCAGUUCUCGGCAUUCCUCUCGCCAGCCUCGACACGUUGAUCGAUAUGCGCCUGACAUGACUUCCUCUCGGGCAUCCAAACCCGUCGGGCGAGCAACUUCUUCCACAAUCGGUGUACGCAAGACAACCCCUGCUCCCCCACCGUCAACAAGAAAGCUUUCGUCGCGCCCUUCUUCAUCCCAUGCGAAGAAGAGCUCUCCAAUGUACGAAAAGCAUUUUCACCGCCACGCCCCCACCUCGCUGUCCCCUCGUCAGCACAAGCAUACCCAGCAUAUCACCGGAGAUGAAGACGCAGACGAGGAAAGUCUUCGUUUAAUACGAGAGCUUCAGGAACAGGAGUUUGGUCUGCGGAAACGCUCCACGCGCGUUUAA